AUAUUCGCAAAGGAAAAAUCCUUGUUUUCGGCACGCAUAGUGGCCAGAUGCUGUAAAUUCCGCUUGAAGCCCUGUAUACAUGCCACCCAGCCAGUGCUUGCCAUCUUUCUUCUUGCUCUGCCUGUCGUAACCAUGGCAACCUUCUUGCCCGAGUCUACCUGCCCCGUCCCUCCCAGCAACAAGCGGAAGCGCUCGCCGAGCCCCUCAGAGGAUUCCUGUCCGUCCUCCCCAGACGAGGCUGGCGGGAGUGGGGGAAGCUGCAGCAACUCCGCUGAUCUGGCCACUGAUGUACCGAAGCCAUCAAAUGAUUUUGCCAUUAGAAGUAUUCUCGGACCAUCCAGGAAGAAGAAGUGUGUCUCCUUUGAUGGGGUAACUGUCUACUACUUCCGCCGUUCUCAGGGUUUUACCUCCGUACCCAGCCAGGGUGGCUCAACGCUAGGAAUGCUGCCUAGACAUGAGUUGAAGAAGUCAUUCUCCCUAUGCGACUAUUCUAAAGAGCAAGAACGAAUUCACCGCAUCAUCCUCAAGAGGCAGCUGAUUGAGAGGCGACAGCAGCAGCUCCUGGAGAGUGGAGUCACAGACUUGGAGGACAUCUCCGAGGAGGAGAUCGAAGAUGAACUCAACAGCAUCAACAUCUCCGACUACUACUUCUUGCAGCCCAUCCCAACCAAGCAGCGGCGGGCCCUGCUGCGCUUCGCCGGCGUCAAAAAGGUGGACAACGUGGAGAAAGUGGACCUGAAGAAAAUCCGGGUCUCGCGAGAGAGCUGCGGGUGCGACUGCCGGAACAUCUGCAACCCAGCUACGUGCGCCUGCGCCCAGGCUGACAUCAAGUGCCAGGUGGACCGUCUGUCCUUCCCAUGCGGCUGCACAAAGGAAGGUUGCGGCAAUCCCACGGGCAGGGUGGAGUUCAAUCCCGUCCGUGUCCGAACACAUUUCCUGCACACCAUCAUGCGACUGGACUCAGACAGGGACUCCAACGGUGAAGAAGGGCCCAGUAGCAGCGACGGCGGAGAGGAGGUGGGCAGUGCCUCGCUCGGAACUCCCGAGGAGUACACCACGCUAGCUUCCUGCACCAAGCCGUGCUGCGACAACUCGUCAAUGGAAAGGGAAAACGGAGCCACAGGGUACGCCCACUCAUUAAGCCAUUACAACAAUGGACAAGGGGGUUGCUCAACAGUAGAAGGAAACCACUUGUUUCCCAACCAGUAUGGUGGUCAAGGUGUAGAAGGUAAUAUCCCAGUGGAGGUUAAGCAGCACUUGAAUGUGCAGGACCUUAUUCCACGCAUGCUGCACUAUAAUGAUUCCAACGAUGGCCUUCUGCAUCCUCACCACCAUGUUGGUCUUGGUUGUAGUGAUCCUGUCCCCUCUCUGGCCACCUACUCCCAGUCAGAUGACAGUGUUCUGACUUCCAGUUCUGAUGCCAGCUCCAAUGACAGCUACCAGUAUAACCAGUGCGGCGAGUUUGCGUUCAAGGAAUCCCCGACUUAUGCGGAAAUAAGCAAGGCCUCUGACAUAUGCGUGACCAGCUCGGCGGACAGUAGUUUCACGGAGGUCCCCAACAGCAAGCUGAGCACAUUAGAUGAAGGCUCUGAUUUGCAGUUAGGCUUGCCCCUGUGCAGCAACAGCACUUUCACAGAUCUCAACGCCCACAUUACUACCUUUUCAGGUAAUUUUGGUGAUAAUGUCGUCACGCAAGCCCCGCCCUGUGCCUCGAGUAGCCCCAGCGGCUAUGACAGCAGCAUGAUCAUGGACUCCCGCAUAAGCCAAACAGAGCAGUGCCACAUACAUGUGGACAAGGAUGCCGUUUCCUCCACCACCCCGGAUUCCACCCCAUGCACGACCACGAGCAGUUACACCAUCCUGAGUGCCCUGAAUGCCAUCGACCCCCUGGACGAGACGGAGCUGGCCACCAGCAAGAUCAGCUCGGUCGCCAUUCCCAUGGGGGACAGUUUUGCGCACGGCACCACCAAUCACUCGGAGUUUCACGAGCUGCAGAACUGUAGCAGCGCCGAGGCAGUAGUGUCAGGUAUGGUCACAGUAAACUGUCCCGACGUGAAGCUUACACAGAGUGACACAAGCGAGAGGAAGCAGUCCAUGAAUUGUUUUGAUUCUGCGAACAAAGUGGAGGAUCAAAGCAAAGAUGAAAUUGUUGCCUCUCCUCGAUUGAUUUGAAAUGAAAACAACUCCAUUAAAGGGGCAGUCCUCCUGUCCUUUCCUGUAAAAAUUUUCAAUUCAUGUGACCUACGGUAUUUACCUCAAAUGCCACUGCAACGGAACAAAACCCCCCAAUGUGAAUCACAUUUGUCACCUCUGAGCAAACCUCAGAAUGAUUGCUCAGAAUGGUUACAAUCCAGUUAUUAGUUGGUGCUCUUUUUCCAUUAAAAUACUCCAAGACACACGUCUCAGCCACCCAAUAUUAUCAGUUAUUUCUUUGUGUCACAGAGACCAAACUAUUGUCAAAUACAGUCAGUCAAAAGAAGUGCCAAAUAUUGCCAGAGAUGUUUAUUUCCAUGAUGUGAGAAGUGUCACAAUUCUUUACCUUUGUAAGCACUACAAACUCAGUGCGUUCUAAAUUUAUGCAAGCCUUGUAAGAACGUGUUAUUCAAGGAGUAGUUUUCGCAGUGAAAAAGCCUCAUACAUGUACAUACUUUACAGAAAAAUGUCCAUGUAUGGGAAAAUUCACAAACAGGCAAGCAAACGGUUGAAGGAGUAGCAUACAUGUAGCUAGACACAUGGCAGUUACAUGUAUACAUUGUAUUAAGAAACUGUUCUGAUUUUGUCAGAGGACUACACACAUGCAGUUUCAAUCCAAUUCAGCUCAGUUCAGGGCCCAAUUCCACGGCGCUGCUUACCGUUAAGCCAUAUUGGGGGGAUAACCGUAGCACAAAACUUGGCUCAACAAAAAGGAUCUUCACAGCAAAGACUUCACACUUACUGUGCUUAGCACAAAAAUUGCAUGGGUGCGCAUGGAGAUUUUCAUUGUUACAUCACCAAGUUUAAACAAAUUUUUCCUCCGAGGUAAGCAUGCUUUUUGCUGUGCUUACUGCUUUCAGUCUCCAUGAAGUAUGCCCAUACUCUGUAAACAUAAAAUCAUGUGCUUAGCAGCACUAUGAAUUGGACCCAGGUUUAUGUAGAGUUACGAGGUUAAAUUCUAUGAGAUUAAAAAUCAUUCUAUUGUUUGACUCUUGACUGAUUUCGAAGAUAUGUGUCCCUACUAAAAAAGUUCAUAUGGUUGGUGUCGUUGUACACUGACAAAAAUGGUGGACAUGAAGAGAGAAUUAGAAGUGAUAUUUUAUGUACAUAUCUCUUGAAUCAUGUUAUGUAUGAUUUCGAGAAAAAUUCUAGUAGUGUUUUGUGUAAUUUCUAAAUACAUAAUAAUGUGGAGUAUUUUCAUAGUCACAUUGACUUGGCCUGGUUGGGCAUGUGUACUUGUAUUGUACAUUGUACACUUGUACAUAUAGUGUGUAUUGUAUAGACAUCAGAAAUGCAGAAUAGAGCCUUGUACCAUGCCAAAUGAAAAAAAAAAGAAGUCAGUCACAUAUUCUGAACUAUUUAUUCUGUAAAAACGAUGAAAGAGCAGCUUUUAAGCAUAAGUGAAACAAUAUACUCUUGCCAUCAACCCUGUAUUUUUUGGUCAUCAAAUGAGACCAGUGACAUCAAAUGUGCUGCAUGUUAAUUCAGUUGUCACAUUCAAAGCAGUAUUUUAAACAUCUUCAAGUUUACAUGUUAUUUAUAUUUCUUUUCAGAGAUCACAAGAUAGUCUAUACACCAAACGUGUUUAUGAACCUGCCCUUUCUAUUUUGCGUGUUUUGUUUCGUCCCUUUUUUUUUACAGGGUGCAUUAAAAAAAAAUGCUUUCAGUUUCAGGAAUGCAUGUACAUGUAUACACGUUUAUUUCUCAACUCUGUUCCAAAUCAUUUCAAAUGACUGUCGACAGACUCAAGUAUUUAUUCAUGAAUUUCACAAGGUUAGUAAAACCAGAAAUCUUUUUUAAUUAGGUGCUCAGUUUACAAGGGAAUAUGUGCAAUGUUGAGUACGUAAACCCAAACGGAUGACUCAAGCUGGACGUUGUCAAUGCAUGCAAGAAAUAAACUCACAGAAUUCAGCUGUAGAAACCAGCAGUUGCCACAGAAUGCAACUCAAUGGUCAUUCUAUGCCGUUCUUGUAAAUACUCUGUAGUAAUGUGUUAGUCUACUAGAUUUAUAAAUUGAACAAACCACAUAAAUGUUUUUCUCUCUCUCUCUCUUUCUCCGUCGUACAGAUGUAGACGUAGCCAAGUUCCAUUUUGCAUUUAAUGCAUCACUGGUAGACUGACAGUGAUUGCAAGAUGGUUGUAAUUUCCUGUUUGCAUCUGUGCUUGGUGCAGUUUUUUUGGGGGGAGGGGGUAUUUUGUCUGCGCACAAGGGAAGGCAUCAGUGAAUUACACAAAUAGGCAUGUUUUCAUGCAGGCUUACUUUGCCCAGAUGUGUACACCCAAUGAUUCAUGGGGGGGGGAAUUCCUCAGAAGACCUUUGAUGUAUCAAACUUUUGCAUGUUUCUCUCAGUAGCUAUGUUUUGCAGUAAUUUGUAGCAUUCAAAAAAAAUCCAAAAAAAAAAACCAAGUGUUUCAGUACCCAGUUGAUCUUCCUUUCAGUGAGUGAUGACUUGUGAUGUCCAUUUCUUCCACCGGCCUAUUUGAUGUUGCAUUUGGUACAGUACGUUGGUAAUAAAUUCAUUUUGUGCGUUUGUUCAGAUGGAAGAGAAAAUGAUAUCUUCCAGUUCAUUUGUGCAACAUUCGGUGAGAUCUACAUACUGUACUCAGUCACGUUUCAUGGCCAUAUUUUCUACCUUUGAGUCUGUGGAGUGUGUGUUCAGUGAAUUAAGACUGGUUUAAGUACAUCCAGGCUUUCCUGUUGAUAUAACUUUUUUCUUAAAGAAGUAGGGUGAUGUACCUUGGCUUAGGAAAGUAAAGAAAUUCAAUUCUUUGUUAGAGAAGUUGUAGAAUCCACAUUCGUGUACAUGUACAUGUGGUUGUACGUGCGAAGUGUUUGUGUUGUGUGAGAUUGUUCUUUCAGAAUGGACCAUUUGCUUCCAAUACAUUUACUUGUGUUCUUUCGUAGUAUCUUUUCCAAGUUCAGGCACACAUGUACUUAUUCAAUUAAUUAAUUACAUGUACCAUAAGAUAAGAUCAAUGCACACGUCAAUAUGAGGAUAUUACUGUAUACCUGGGGUACAUGUGCCAGUCACUUGCCUCAGUGUAAAUCUGACACAGUUCUCUCAUGAUGAAUGAGGCCUCACUCCAUGAAACAAGUUCCCACAUGUCGGUGCAUUCCCCUCCGUGAACACUUGUUGAAAGACGCACUCAUCAAUGCUACAAAAUUUGUGCACAUUCAAUUGCAAAUCCUUGACUACUGAAUUUUGAUGGCGGAAAGCUAGUUUGUGUGCCUUUACAGCACCUUCGAGUGAACCGAACCUAAAGCCAGUAGCAGGCUACGUCAUGUACCUGGUUAAAUUUCCAGCAGAAAGUAUGCCUGAUAAUAGUACCAAAAUACAAGAAUCCUUGUGGUAACUACUUGUUUCAAAAUGGAAUUCAGCUCAGUUCACUGAAUUAAGUAAAUGUUACAUGUUUCAAACCAGUUUAAAAUACUUGGUGGUAGAACUAAGACAGUUCCAUUUACCAAACACGAGAGUGGCUUAUGCGUUUUUUUUGGGGGGGUUGCAGUCAGCAGGGGUGAAGUAAAGUAUUUUUUUCACAUUGGCUUGUAUCCCACCAACUCCCAUGAGAUUUUGAGCAAUUUUGUUCAAAAUUACAUAGGCAAAUUUAAAAGUUCAUGAAAACAUAUAUCCAGAUAAUUUUGUACUUGCCAAUGAGAAUUGCCUGGAAAAUGUCAUGGUUCCUUGCCCUAGUUUCCUAAACUUCAGUAGUCCACUUGCAUAAUAUAUAACUUGUUUCAGGUUGACUUGCGAGUCAAAUCACCAUAUCCAACAAAUCUUCAUGAAUUAUGUUCUAGAACUGGAACAAAGUGUUCCACUGUCAAGUUCUAUUCAAGUUAUAAACACUAGUCUGCUUGAUCAACAUUUAAAAGCUAUUUGUAGACAGCCUAAAAUGUAUUUAGUACCUGUAAUGCCAAAUAUUUCAAAAGCCGAAGUCUAUAAUAUUUAUUUUGAAGCCCUCCAAUAUUAUUUCAGAAAGUACAUGUACAUGUAUGUACACAAGUUACCUGCAAGGUUAUUCGCAAGAGACUUAACUGAUAAUUCUGUUGUGAUCUAUAAAUUUUCAUUCAUAAGUUGCUGAGACAGUUCAGCAUUGUUUUUUUGAGGCAUUCUGACACAAACCUUUAAGACUGGUCAUGCACACAUUACCUGGAAUUCCCUUAACCCUAACCCCCUAGGGUUGCUGGCCCUAACCUUCCCCAUUCACACAAAACU